AUUUCAUUUUAAAUUUUUAAUUUCUGUCUAAAUCGCAAAAUUUGUUUCAUUUCAUGCAACAAGCACAACCAAAAUUUCACUCACACUCACUUCACUCUUCCAUUUCUCUCUCAUUUCAUUUCACUCUCUCAGCUCUUUUCUUCUCUCUCAUUUCAAACCCUUUUUUUUCAGUUAACAAUCAAACAUUAACCGCUCGGGUUUUCAGUUAGCUCAUGGAGACGCUUUUUUAGCGUUUUCCUCAGCUUGAAGAUCAAUACUUACGAUUUGGGUUUUCUGUUCAGCUCGCUGAGACGCUCUAAUUUCACACAGUUUUUCGUUUCUGAGGAGCUGUAGAUUUACGAAGGAAGUGAUGGAAGAUAAUCCUACUUCAAGUGUUUUAGAUGCGAAGGUCAUUGGCAUCCGUUUUAGUAUGGCUACACGCCAUGAAAUUAGUACUGCAUCCAUUAGCGAUUCCACAAUUAGUCAUGCUAGUCAGCUGGCAAAUCCAUUCCUUGGGCUUCCCCUUGAAUUUGGACGAUGUGAAUCUUGUGGCACUUCUGAAGCAGGAAAAUGCGAAGGCCACUUUGGAUAUAUUGAACUUCCAGUUCCAAUAUACCAUCCUAGCCAUGUUACUGAGUUGAAGAAAAUACUGAGCCUGGUCUGCCUAAACUGCUUAAAACUGAAGAAAACAAAGUUUCCUUCUUCAAGCAGUGGAUUGGCACAGAGUUUAUUAUCUCCCUGUUGUGAGGAUGUCAAUGCCGCACAAGUUUCUAUUCGGGAGGUCAAAACAGCUGAUGGGGCUUGUUACUUGGCACUGAAGGUUUCAAAGUCAAAGAUGCAUGACGGUUUUUGGGGUUUUUUAGAAAAAUAUGGCUAUCGCUAUGGGGGUGAUCAUACUCGAGCUUUGCUUCCUUGUGAGGUGAUGGAAAUUAUCAAAAGAUUCCCACAAGAAACAAAUAGGAAACUUGCUAUAAAAGGAUAUUUUCCUCAAGAUGGAUAUGUUUUGAAAUACCUUCCGGUACCACCAAAUUGCUUGUCCGUGCCAGUAGUUUCAGAUGGUGUCAGUGUCAUGUCUUCGGAUCCUGCCAUGACAAUUCUUAGAAAAUUGCUUAGGAAGGUUGAAAUCAUCAGAAGUUCUAGAUCAGGUGAACCAAACUUUGAGUCUCAUCAAGUGGAAGCUAACGACUUGCAAUCAGUGGUUGAUCAGUAUCUUCAAGUUAGGGGUACUUCUAAGGCAACACGAGAUAUAGAAACACGUUAUGGGGUUAAUAAAGAGCUGAAUGAUUCCUCAACAAAAGCAUGGUUAGAGAAAAUGAGGACUUUAUUUAUAAGAAAGGGUUCAGGUUUUUCUUCCCGUAAUGUGAUAACUGGAGAUGGCUAUAAGAAGAUAAAUGAAGUAGGAAUUCCACUUGAGGUUGCUCAAAGGAUAACAUUUGAGGAGAGAGUAAGCAUACAUAACAUCCGUUAUUUACAAAAGUUGGUUGAUGAAAAUAUGUGCUUGACAUACAAGGAAGGUGUGUCAACUUACUCAUUAAGGGAGGGCUCAAAGGGGCACACAUAUCUUAAACCUGGUCAAAUAGUGCAUCGGAGGAUUAUGGAUGGGGAUGUUGUCUUCAUCAACAGACCACCUACUACUCACAAACACUCAUUGCAAGCGCUUGUAGUGUACAUCCAUGACGACCACACUGUCAAAAUAAAUCCGCUAAUAUGUGGACCCUUAGGGGCUGAUUUUGAUGGUGACUGUGUCCAUCUUUUUUAUCCCCAGUCACUUGCUGCUAAGGCUGAGGUUUUGGAGCUUUUCUCUGUAGAGAAACAACUUCUCAGCUCUCAUAGUGGUAAUCUGAACCUUCAGUUAUCCACAGAUUCAUUAUUGUCACUCAAGAUGCUAGUCAAGAGUUGUUUUUUGGAUAGAGCAGCAGCAAAUCAAAUGGCCAUGUUUCUUUCAUUGCCUUUGCCAAUGCCUGCUUUGUUUAAGGCUGGUUCUGGCGAUUCUUAUUGGACUUCUGUUCAAAUGUUGCAGUGUGCUUUGCCUUCCUCGUUUGAUUGUACUGGAGGACGAUACUUGAUUAGGCAAAGGGAAAUCUUAGAAUUUGAUUUUACCAGAGAUCUUCUGCCUUCAAUUAUAAAUGAAGUAGCGGCCUCAAUUUUUUUUAGCCAGGGUCCUAAGGAGGCACUGAAUUUCUUUGAUGUGCUCCAGCCCUUUCUGAUGGAAAACAUAUUUGCUCAUGGAUAUAGUGUUGGAUUGCAAGACUUUUCAAUAUCCAGGGCAGUGAAAAGGGUUAUCAAUAGAAGCAUUGGGAAAAUUUCUCCUUUGUUGCAUCAGCUGAGGGUCGUAUACAAAGAGCUGGUGGCACAACAACUGGAGAAACACAUGCAAGAUAUUGAACUCCCUGUCAUAAAUUUUGCUUUGAAGUCAACCAAACUUGGAGAUUUGAUUGAUUCGAAGAGUAAGUCAGCUCUUGACAAGGUGGUUCAACAGAUUGGCUUCUUAGGCCAACAACUCUUUGAGAGAGGAAAGUUUUAUUCCAAGGGAUUGGUUGAGGAUGUAGGUUCUCAUUUUCACGUGAAGUGUUUCUAUGAUGGGGAUGGUUAUCCCUCUGCUGAGUUUGGGUUGCUCAAAGGAUGUUUCUUUCAUGGUUUAGAUCCAUAUGAAGAGUUGGUGCAUUCAAUUGCAACAAGAGAAAUAAUUGUCCGCUCUUCUAGAGGAUUAUCUGAACCAGGCACACUAUUUAAGAACUUGAUGGCCAUUCUCCGGGAUGUUGUGAUUUGCUAUGAUGGAACCGUGAGAAAUGUAUGUAGUAAUUCCAUCAUCCAGUUUGAGUAUGGCAUACAAUCUGGAGACAAAUCCCAGCCCUUAUUCCCAGCUGGUGAGCCUGUUGGUGUCUUAGCUGCAACUUCCAUGUCAAACCCUGCCUAUAAAGCCGUCCUUGAUGCUAGUCCUAGCAGCAAUUCUUCCUGGGAGUUUAUGAAGGAAAUACUCCUUUGCAAGGUGAACUUUAGGAAUGAACCAAAUGAUCGUCGAGUAAUUCUAUAUUUGAAUGAUUGUGAUUGUGGGAGGAGUUACUGUCGUGAAAAUGCUGCAUAUUUGGUUAAAAAUCAAUUGAGAAAAGUAAGCCUCAAGGAUGCAGCACUAGAUUUCACUGUUGAAUACCAGCAGCAGCGAAGACGCAAUGAUGGUUCUGAAGAUGCAGGCCUUGUUGGUCAUAUUCAUCUGAAUGAGGCGAUGUUAGAGAAGCUGAAGAUCAAUAUGUCUGAAGUUUACCAAAAAUGCCAAGAAAGACUUAAUUCCUUUAGUCGGAAGAAGAAAGUUUUCCAUUUUUUUAGGAAAACUGAACUGUUUUUCAGCGAGUCUUGCUCUUCUCUGAAUUCUUCUGCCCCUUGUGUAACAAUCCUUUGGCCGGAUGGUGAUGAUUUAGACCAAACCACUAAAGUCCUUGCUGACAUGAUCUGCCCAGUUCUUUUAGAUACAAUAAUCCAAGGAGAUCCUCGUAUCAGCUCGGCAAAUAUAAUUUGGGUUAAUCCAGGCACGAACACAUGGGUUCGUAACCCUUCCAAAUCUUCUAAUGGUGAAUUAGCACUGGAUGUCAUUCUUGAAAAGGAAGCUGUUAAACAAAGUGGUGAUGCUUGGAGGAUCAUACUUGAUUCCUGCCUUCCUGUUCUCCAUUUGAUUGAUACUCGGCGUUCUACCCCUUAUGCUAUUAAGCAAAUUCAAGAACUACUGGGGAUAUCAUGUACUUUUGACCAAGCGAUUCAGCGUCUUGCAGCAUCAGUAAGAAUGGUGGCAAAAGGUGUUCUCAGAGAGCAUCUCAUUCUCUUAGCAAGUAGUAUGACUUGUGGUGGGAAUUUGGUUGGUUUUAAUACAGGUGGUUAUAAAACACUGGCACGCCAAUUGAAUAUUCAAGUACCAUUCACCGAUGCAACACUCUUUACUCCUCGAAAAUGCUUUGAAAGAGCUGCUGAGAAACGCCAUGCAGACUCUUUGUCAAGCAUUGUUGCCUCCUGUUCCUGGGGUAAACAUGUGGCAGUUGGUACAGGAUCAAGAUUUGAUAUUGUAUGGGAUCCCAAAGAGGUAAAAUCAAAUGAGAUUGAAGGGAUGGAUGUUUACAAUUUUCUUAACAUGGUCAAAGGCCUUGCCAAUGGGGACGAAGAAAACAACGCUUGUUUGGGUGAGGACAUUGAUGAUUUGCUAGACGAUGAUAAUAUGGACUGGGGUAUGUCCCCAGAGCAUACCUCUGGAUUUGAUGCUGUCUUUGAUGAGAGUUUUGAACUACUGAAUGGUUCAACAUCCAAUGGUUGGGAUUCAAAUAAAGAUCAGAACAAAACAACAACAAAUGAUUGGUCUGGUUGGGGACAAAAUAAAUCUGAAAUACAAGUUGAUGUGGCUGAAACGGACCAAUGGGGCUCUGGGAGCACUCAAAAGUGGAAAGCUGAUAUUACCAAAGAAGACUCUUCAAAAUCUGGCGCUUGGGAGACCGGCACAAAUCAAAAUAGUGAUCAGCCGUCAUGGGGAGGAAAUAAAACCGGAGUACAAGAUGAUGGAGUGGUAAAGACCCAAUGGGAGUCUGGGAGCUCUCAAAAGUUGAAAUCUGAUAUUAACAAAGACUCUUCAAAGUCUGGCGCUUGGGAGGCCAGCACAAAUCAAAAUAAUGAUCAGCCGUCAUGGGGAAGAAAUAAAUCUGGAGUACAAGAUGAUGGAGCAGUAAAGACCCAAUGGGAGUCUGGGAGUUCUCAAAAGUGGAAAACUGAUGUUAUUCAAGAAAACUCCUCAAAGUCUGGCGCUUGGGAGGCCAACACAAAUAAAAACAGUGAUCAGCCUUCUUGGGGCAAAAAUAAAUCUGGAAUACAAGAUGAUGGAGCGGUAAAGACCCAAUGGGAGUCUGGGAGUUCUCAAAAGUGGAAAACUGAUGUUAUUCAAGAAGACUCCUCAAAAUCUGGCGCUUGGGAGGCCAACACAAAUAAAAACAGUGAUCCGCCUUCUUGGGGCAAAAAUAAAUCUGGAAUACAAGAUGAUGGAGCGGUAAAGACCCAAUGGGAGUCUGGGAGUUCUCAAAAGUGGAAAACUGAUGUUAUACAAGAAGACUCCUCAAAGCCUGGUGCUUGGGAGGCCAACACAAAUAAAAACAGUGAUCAGCCUUCUUGGGGCAAAAAUAAAUCUGGAAUACAAGACGGAGCAGAAAAGGCCCAAUGGGAGUCUGGAAGCUCUCAAAAGUGGAAAGCUGGUGUUGUUCAAGAAGACUCUUCAAAGUCUGGUUCUUGGGGGGCCAAUACAAAUCAAAAUAGUGAUCAGCCUUCUUGGGGUAAAAAUAAAUCUGGAAUACAAGACGGAGCAGAAAAGGCCCAAUGGGAGUCUGGAAGCUCUCAAAAGUGGAAAGCUGGUGUUGUUCAAGAAGACUCUUCAAAGUCUGGUUCUUGGGGGGCCAAUACAAAUCAAAAUAGUGAUCAGCCUUCUUGGGGUAAAAAUAAAUCUGGAAUACAAGACGGAGCAGAAAAGGCCCAAUGGGAGUCUGGAAGCUCUCAAAAGUGGAAAGCUGGUGUUGUUCAAGAAGACUCUUCAAAGUCUGGUUCUUGGGGGGCCAAUACAAAUCAAAAUAGUGAUCAGCCUUCUUGGGGUAAAAAUAAAUCUGGAAUACAAGACGGAGCAGAAAAGGCCCAAUGGGAGUCUGGAAGCUCUCAAAAGUGGAAAGCUGGUGUUGUUCAAGAAGACUCUUCAAAGUCUGGUUCUUGGGGGGCCAAUACAAAUCAAAAUAGUGAUCAGUCUUCUUGGGGAAGAAAUAAAUCUGGAGAACAAGAUGGAGCUGAAAGGUCCCAAUGGGCGUCUGGGAGCUCUCAAAAGUCUGGUGCUUGGGAGGCCAACCCAAGUCAAAAGUGGAAUGCUGAUCUAGUACAAGAAGACUCUUCUAGAUCUAACAAUGAUGAAUCAAAAACAAACUCAGGUGGUUGGAAAGCUUGGGGAAGUAGUAAAACUGAAGUACAUGAGGGCGAGUCUAAAAAAGUACAAGAGGAUUCUUGGAAAUCUCAGAAAUGGAAAGCUGGAGCUGAUGUUACCCAAGACUCUCCCAAAAUGGGUUCUUGGGGUGCAACCAAAGAUGCAACAAAACCCAAAUCGAAUGAUUGGUCCUCCUGGGGAAAGAAAAAAGAUGAAAUACAUGAUGGUGGGUCAGAAAAAAUCCAAGAGGAUUCUUGGAGCUCUGGUAAGCGGAAAGCUGAAUCAAAGUCUGUGGCUGAUGUUAUGCAAGAAGACUCUUCUAAAUCCAAUACCUGGGAACAUAAGUCUGAUGAUGUAAAGGACAGUUGGGAUGCCAAAGUGCCAGUUGCCAAUAGUUCUUGGGGAAAACCCAAAUCACAAGAAAACCAACCUUGGGAUUCCAAGAAUGAGUCAAAUCCAACUGCAAGUUCACGUGGAUGGGACUCGCAAGUUGCUUCUGCUAAUUCUGAUAGUGACAAAAAUUUUCAGUGGGGGAAACCAGGAAGAGAAUCAUUCAAGAAAAACCGUUUUGAAGGUUCACAAGGAUCACAAGGUUGGGGUUCAAAUGCUGGUGACUGGAAAAACAAGAAUCGCCCUGCCAGACCACCUGGACCGAGGUUGGAUUUAUACUCUUCUGAGGAGCAAGAUAUUCUGAAGGAUAUUGAACCUAUUGUGCAGUCCAUCAGAAGAAUCAUGCAACAACAAGGGUACAAUGAUGGUGAUCCACUAGCUGCUGAAGACCAACAAUAUGUGCUUGAGAAUGUCUUUGAACAUCAUCCAGAUAAAGAAACAAAAAUGGGUGUCGGGAUUGACCAUGUCAUGGUUAGCAGACACAGCAAUUUUCAGGAGAGCCGAUGCUUUUAUGUGGUUUUAAAAGAUGGUAAGAAAGAAGACUUUUCUUACCGCAAGUGCCUUGAAAGCUUUGUAAGGAAGAAAUAUGCAGACACAGCCGAAUCUUUCUGUGGAAAAUAUUUCAGAAAGCCCCGUCCAAAGAGGGACCAGAUUGCAAAUUCAGGAGGGGAACAAACUGCAAAUCCAGGAGGGGAGCAAACUGCAACUCCAGGAGGGGAGCAGACCACAACUCCAAAUGGAGGGGAGCAGACUGCUACCCCAACUCCAGGAGGGGAGCAGACUACUAUCUCAAUUCCAGGAGGGGAGCAGACCACUACUCCAAUGCCUAUGGAAACCAAUGAGUAGAAGUUGAAAGUUGUGUCCAUAAUAUUGUGUACAGAGCACACUUGAGGCAACUGAGUAGUUUGUCACAACCGACCAAUGUUCCUGUAGGAAAGGUUUCCCAUUUUGUUUGUGUUGUCUCAGCUUCAUAGUUACUCUUUUUUAGCCUGUGAUUGAUGAUGAUAGAACAAAUGCAAAUGUUUAUAUUUUCAACAUUUGAAUGUAAUAGCUCGUGAUGUGCCUGGCAAACUACCCUGCUCAUCAUUUUAUCUAACCACUCAAUCUCAUUCGGCUUCCAGACAUUGACCAAACCACUGUACAUGAAUGGAAACCUUUUUUUUUGUUUCAUGAAUUAGCUCUUGGCUGUUAUUCUGUGAAUAGGUUAUCCAGCAUUCUAAACUUCUGUAUAGUGGUAGAUUUAUUUGGUUAUAUUUUUCUCCUUUGUCUCAUUUGUGCAAUUCAAUGCACAAACGAGUCCUGAGUGUCAUUUAACUGCUUUUUUCUGUAACCAAUUUUGUGGUAUGUUUAGGUUUAUGCAAUGUUUGCUUGUAUUAA